CUCAAGUCCGGAAGUGGAAUCUUCUGGAUCGCUGGCAAGGUAGGCAGUGCCGCAGGCACAGUCACGUGCGAUAGACUAGAGAGAAUCAUCGCCGUGGUUGCCACUAGGUCACGCUAGUGCACGGAUCCAUAACAAACCAGCUCGCUUGAUAUAUACUGCCCAUCUCAAAACCAAAGCAUUCCAUUCUCGACCGCUCCCCACCACUGCCGCUGCCAACUGUAUGAGGUGAGGCGUAGGGCACGUGAGUGCACAGCCCACCCCGAUGGAUAGACCUGGUCCGCACAACGAGCAUUCUGCACCCGCUGGAGCCAGAAACAGACAUGCACUUUCCCAAUCCGGUAUCGCCUAAACGGGAUACCUCACACACCAACACACCACCAUCCUCACCAUCGCCAGCCGCACGUCAUGUCCGCCUCCGAGCUUGCCCUGAGGGUUCUCAACCCUUCCUCUUCCUCUUCCUCUCCCCCUUCCCCUCCACGCCCCGCUCCGGAGAAGCCACGCCGGCCGCCAAAGUCGUUCUACACGGACACGCCUAUGACAGGCCCACCCAGCUACUCAUGGAAGGACUUGCGGCAUCCCAUGCUUCGAAAAGCCACGCUUGACCUGAAGGACAUCCGGUGGCUGGAGCAUCUGGGCGGCGGCCAGGACGGCUACUGCUGGAAGGUCGCGUUCGGUGACCAAGGCCCUUUCGUCCUGAAAAUGUUCUGGGAUGAUGAGCGUCCUGACGUGGCCACCUACUGGGCUCCCGAACGCGAAUGCCAGAACGUUGCCGUCCUGCAAAUGAUGGAGGCAUCGUUACGCGACCACGGUCCGGUUCGGUUAUACGACUACACCGACACCAGAGCCAACGCCAUCGAGAACCUCUAUGCGUUUUCCGAGGAAGGCCGCAAAAAGCCACGCAUUCCGGACGACAUGGAUCUCACGGUCGAACAGCUUUGGAUGCACAGAACAAGGCAGUGCUUUGGCUGGCUGAAGUUGACCAUGGACAGCUUUGGGCAUCGGAAGAACCGGCCCCCGGUCCUCGUGUGGCUCGGUCUGCGCCGCCCGCCUCCGCAGCCAGGUCGGGAGUACUUCGCCAUGGUGUACGAAUACAUCGAGGAGGACGAGCUCGACGACGAGGGCGAUUUGGGGGAGCGCAAAGAAGCGAAUCGCCGCAGGAUCUCCGUGUCCAUGGGCUUUUUGUCGCUCAUUGGGUUCGAGUUUCCCUACUCCUGGUUCCUGGGCAACUGGAAGAACGGCAUACUGCUUGAUCUUUCCGAGAUCGUUUUCCCAUUCGGGUACGGAACUCGCGUUUGCAACCGCAGGCAGGGAAAUGCCUUUGGCCUACAGCAGGGCACAGUCGAGGUGCAUGUGACAUGAUGUCGCGGUACAACGGAUGAGAGCUCAAGGGUCGCCCGCAAAUCAGCCCAAAGCAUGCAGAGAAAGCACGCACGCCUUCUGCACGCCCCCUUCCCUUCCCCCUUCCCCCUUUCUAUGAUGGACAGGCGGUUGUUCUGGAGCUUGAAGGCCGAGAAGAUGAUCUGGGUGCGAGUAGGACGGCGGGGCUGUAAGGACGACGGGGCUGUAAGGACGCGGGACCGUAUUCCUCUUACUGUUCUUCACUCCCCUAGUGCUGGCUUUAGGGAAGCCUGCGGGAUGCAUCGAUUUCUCCUCCAUGCCGCAUGGGCACUUUUUCUCGCUUAGUUUUACCAACACAAUGAUAGACUUUCCCCAUGCUGAACAUUCUAGUCUCACA